UUUGAUUAUAUGUUAUUCCUGGCCCUGUUCAGCUACGUUGUUCUUGUUCGUCAAGACAAAAUUCCUUCCAUCGCCGAAAUUGUGCUUAUCAUCUUCGUUUGUACUUUGUGCGCUGAGGAAAUCAGACAGGUAAUACAAUGUUGUACAUAACGACCUCUAGCCUAGCUGGUGACUCUUUGACACUUAAAAAAGAGAUCACUUAUGUACUACAUACAUUGAACUUCACUUGCUUUUAGAAGAGAGUAUAAUUUUGCUGAUUUUAGUGCCCCGCGUACGGUACUCGUUGGGCGCGGACAGAUUUUAACACACACUUUUUUAAAGUACCGAGUGCUAGGGAUCGAUGGAUGAAUGGACGGAUAGGUACUUUAUUGGUAUGGACAUCGCAGCCAGAGGCUGAACUACGUAUAUACAUACAAAAGACAAAAACUACUAAAUUAUACAGAACGCAUAAAUUACAAUCGAUUUAAGAAAUUCAAAAGCUUUAACUACAAAGGAUAUCUAAAUACACAAAAAAUUUAUAAAAAACGAACAAAGUUUUAUUUUAAAAAAACUGGUGGCUAUUAGAAUGCGUUUACCCGAAGGUAUUGGGAAUUAAUAAAACCACUCUUGGCCCUAAAAGUUUUAAACUUGACACCAAAAGUCCUGGCAUGCCUGAAGGGGUUUGACCGUGUAUAUUGAGUAAAAUUGCGGAACAAUGCGGUUUGCGAUUUAUAUAAAAGAUUGCUCUUUUUUUGGUAGAUUCUUCAUUCCGAACCUCCAACACUGAAAAACAAAUUCAAAACAUGGGCCUCCAGUUACUGGAACCGUUUCGACGGCCUCGCAGUGGUAUCGUUUUUCAUUGGCCUUGGACUCAGACUAUAUCCACCAACGCGUGAUGCAGGUCACGUGGUAUACUGCUUUGAUGUGGCUUUGUGGAUUAUGCGUUUGAUGCACUUUUUUUCUGUUAGCAAAUACAUGGGACCUUAUGUGGUGAUGAUUCACAGGAUGGUAAGGGGACGACAGUUAUUGAAGAUCAUUUAAAUAUUUAGCUUCAAAGUAACACGCCGGGUUACCAAGUAAUUUCUCUAUUUGGAGUUCAAAUUUACUACAUUACAUUAUUUAUAAGCACGCAUGAUUCAUAUCCUGUACAUAAUUGUGAUGAUUACAGUAUACAAGUGUCACAUGUUGACGUAAAUACUCAAAGUAAAAGAGGAAAGUGUCCAAUUGAAAGCGGGCAAAACAUAACGGGGAUUCAUUCCAACUUGGUUGGAAAGCUUUGGGCGCAAGACACGGUAAACUUGUCGGGCUUCAUAACUAUUAGAUUAUAUUAACUACGACCCAGUGAACAGCGUAUAGUUCUCUGAUUUUAGUAACCAAAUUGAACUUACAGGGUAAUGAGUAAAACCAAUGCUAUUUCUAGGUUACAUAUAUUCCAUCAUAAAAGUGCAGGGCAAGCGCUAACCGGUUCUGUUUGAAAGUCAAGUAACUGAAUGAAAAAUUACUUUUACAUCAGAAAUUUCAUAUUUUGAAAAGAACCUUGAAGCAAUUAAAGAAAACACAUUCAGGAAAAUUUACCUUGAUAUUCUAUUAUUUUUAAGUCAUAAAAUUAUUUAGGAAGUGCGAGAAACACACUACUGCAGCUUUUUCGUAUUUCUUUAGCAACUUUGUUGUUGUUGCUGUUUGCUUGAUGGUGCUUGUCAGGGCAUUGACCAUUCUGGCCUUGCAAAACAUUUGUUAUUUAAUAUCUUUUGACUCCUUAGACUCUGGAUUUAAUGUAUUUUCUUCUGAUCAUGGUGGUUUUUUUCCUGGCCUAUGGAAUUCCUCAACAAGCUAUCCUGUACCCAAACGAAGGUCCUUCCUGGUCCAUGGCAUCUCGGGUCUUCUUCAGGCCUUACUUUCAGGCCUAUGGAGAACUCUUUUUGAAUGCUCCAGAUUUAAGUAAGUAUUUCGUUUUGAUAAUCGCGGAAUACCAGGUGAUGGCUACCAUUUCGUGAACAUGUAUUCGAGAAUAGAAGUUUUGUCGAGCGCAAUAGUCCGCGGUUACAUUUAUACUUCUACAGAAAACUUUCGUUAUUCAGCUCGCUUUUUCCUUUGUUUUAAGUUGAUCUUCGAUAAAGAUAUCCUUUACGCUCGAAAUGUGCUCCAUUUGUGAUUGGGGCUCUAUGAGCCUAUGGCUCUGUGGUCCCACAGUUUCUGGGUUUAUGUGUAUGUGGGUCUGGCUGUGGUAGCUAAUUGUCUCGUAUAUUUUAUUCCAGUUGAAAACACAACGACUGUUUUUGGCACUCCAAGAAAAGAUAGCUACGGGGACACAGUAGUGUCAUUCAUGACAGCGAUUUACUUGCUUGUCGUCAACAUUCUUCUGUUAAAUCUUCUUAUUGCUAUUUUCAAGUAAGUCUCCAAGAGUAAAUUGCUCUAUUAAAAAGUUGCCUAAGGCUCCUUCGAAUGACCAUAUUCCGGAAUAAGAAAACAUGGAAUAGAGUCAAAAAUCACUUGUUUUACACUAGUAAAAUUUAGAAAUCUGGAGGAUAUUAACAAAUGAGAUGAAAGUGGUCUGCUAAUGGUCCAAAAAUUGGGGAUUGAACGGAUUUGUCACAAAUUUCUGCGUAUUUUUAUUCCAGAACUCGAUAUGAAUACAGAAAGAUCGUCAUAAACAGUGGACUAAUUCGUUACGCUAUCACCGUACUAUUAUUUACAUGUAGACCUAACCUAGAUAAUCGAACUCUAGUUUUACAAUAACUGAGCGAUUUCUCGCGUGCUCUUUUGCCGAGAGGUACGGUCGAUAAGAUUGCAGACCAUGGAAAUGAUGUGGUGGUGGCACAAUUUGUUUUUGUCUUUUUUCUCCGCGCGAAUUUUCGAGAAGCUAGAAUCUAAAUGGAUUUCAACAACUACCAAUGUUAUUGUAAAAAUAUCGAAGACAAUGUUUUUGGUCGGUUCUCUUACAGAACAUAGAAAUAACGUCAAAAUGUUCAAAAGUCAAGUGUAACCAAGAGUCGCAGGCGAGUGGUUUUGCUGCAAACUUUUUAACAUGUUGACAUUAUUUCUAUAGUCUAUAAGAGUACAGACCAUGUAAAAUUGUCGUCGAUUUGUUAGUUCUUAAAAUGAUAAUAAUAAUCGAACGCUAGUUCUAUCGACCUCAACUUUGUGCCUGUCACUGAUUGAGUUCAACCAGAAACUCAUAAGGGUUGUUCAACCCCUCAUGAGUUUUUGGUUCAACUGAAUUCGAUAAUCGAACAAAAUAGAACAAUUACCGAACCAAUCGAACUUUUUUAACGCAGGGUGUCAGAGGCCUGUCCUUACGCUACGAGACUUAUCGACACAAUGGAACUUCAUUCGAAUGCUUUGUAAUAGACCUUUGGGUUGCAAGUCCAUCUCUCUUACCACUUGGCCACGCUGUCUCCACGAUUGAAAAACUGAACGAUUAGGUCCGAUUGCCUUCGACGGGGAUGGAGACCGUCGAUUAUUAAGGUGUAAUAUCCAUGACACUUAAAGUUAGACUACUGUAACCGGGGCCAGUUAGACAAAGUUGACCAAUUGGAUUACAGGAAAUCGCUUGAAAAGCCUUAACUAUUAAUGGUGUCCAAAGCUCAUUCUUAAUGAGAAAAUCAACUAUCAGUCAAAUAUCACUGAAUUGAUUGUAAAAGAUAAGGUGAAAAUGGCUUGAGAAUCGGCAGCAUGCGCCUUUUAUGCCAUAAUUCUUACAUCUUUAUCUACAUGUAGCUAUUUAACUUUCAUCCUAUACACCUGUGGAGGCGGUUGUGGUCGAGCGGUUAACUGCACGAACUCCACUUUGUCUCUCUUCACUCAGGUGUAUAAAUGGGUACCGGCGACAUACUGCCGGAGGGUAACCCUGCGAUGGACUAGCAUCCCGUCCAGAGGGGAGUAGCAAUACUCCUAGGCAUACCUCAUGCUAAGGAAACCGGAAUAAUAUGAGCUCCGGCCGUUUGAGCCUUUGGCUCCUGUGAGCCUUUGCCGUUACCCUUAAUUUACAUAUUAUUAUAGCUAUUUAACUUUCAUCCUUUGCAUCUCAGUAAUACGUACGAGAAGGUGCAGACCAACGCAAAACAGAUCUGGAAGUUUGAGCGUUACUACCUGGUUACGGAAUACAAGCAGAGACCUGUCUUAAUACCACCGUUCAUUAUCUUGAAUCAUGUGAUCUACGCUAUAAGAUUCUUGUACCGCUGCUGUUUCAAGAAAUCUUGCAAUCGAAAUGGAAAUCAAGACGCUGCUUCUAAAGUGAAAAGUAAGACGUCUAGUUUUUAA